AUGGCCCAGGUGGGGCACAGGGUGGAUUACCUGGCGGGAUUUUGCUGCCCGGUUGGGGGAUUGGCAGCCGGGAAGCCCCGCGUGCUGUGCCACGAGAACCAGAUCUACCUCUCCAAUGGCACCGAGUACGUCUAUGUCUACGAUCAAGAAGGGCGGCUGAUGAAGGCUGUCUACAGCUUUCCUGAUCAAGUCUGGCAUGUGGAGCUCUUGCCCCUCCACCAUCAGCUGUAUAUUCUCUGUGCUGGGGUUGGCAUUUAUUGCGUGUCCUUGGACUAUCAAAGCAGGUUAGCGAAGCAGACGGAUGGCGAGGAAAGCGACUUCUUUUCCAGCAUCUUCCCCAUGGGCUGUGAUGCUUGCGCUCUCCCUGAUGCCACACUUUGCACCUUCACGCUGCUCAAUGAUGUCUUGAUCACCCUUUCCCAAGUCCAAGAGAAGUGGUGCAUGAAUCUCCACAAACUCCCAGGCCCUGAGGGCCAGGAGAAAUUGUCACAUCAGCCAGUCAGCCAUGUGGACAUCACUACCAGCACAAGCAACGAUGGCGACAUGUCUUUAGCCCACUUCCUCCCAGUGCUGUGCUGUGCAUCUGCGCCUGGCGCCAGUGACCAUUGGGAGGGGCUUCGCCAUUCUGGGGGGUUCGUGCUGGAGGAGCCCCUCUUCAGCCUCCUUUUUGGCGUAGAUGCUGCCAUGCUGGAUUCUCCCAUGAUCCUCUGUGGCUUCCCCGAUGGGCAGUUGUGUUCUGUGCCUUUGAAGGCCCUAAGCUCCCCUGGGGGCCACGGCUGGGAAGACUCGCCUGUCAAGAUCCUUCACCAUCUGGAGGAGCCGGUGGUCUUCAUUGGGGCCCUGAGGACUGAACGGAAAUCCCCAGGUGCGGAGGAGCCUCCAGGCUAUGGAGGCUUGGGUUGUGACUGUGUGGUGGCUUUGGGACACUAUGGUAAAAUGGUGGCCAUCAAGGCCUCUCAAGGAGAAGAAGUCAAAGUCCCAGAGCUCCGGGAGUAUUAUCUACAAGGACCAGUUCUGUGUGCAGCCUGCAGCGGGGGAAGCUGCAUGUACUACAGCACCCAUUCUGACAUCUAUGCAGUUGACUUGGAGAGCAGCACACCUGAGGCUGAAAAAGUGGAGCCUUCAGCAGGGACCCUUCCUUCAGCUGUGUCUCCUGCCAGCUUGAGUAUCUGCAGUGUGGUGGCGCUUUCCUUAUCCUCCCGGGAGUCAGAAGGAGAAUCUGAACUUCUGGCUCUCUCCGCCAAAGGCCGUCUCAUGACGUGUGGCUUGUGCAGCCCAGAUGAUACACAGCCACUCAAGAUGAACGCUGACAAAGCUGGGCAGAGGAUCAAAGAGCUGCUGUCUGGGAUAGGCCAUGUCUCCGAAAGAGUGUCCUCCCUAAAAAAAGCCGUGGACCAAAAAAACCAAGCUUUGACCUGCCUGAACCAAGUGAUGAACGUGAGCGCAGCUUUGCUGUCAAGCCAGAAUGGUCCGAAGCCCAUCACGUGCACCAUCGCGGCCCACUGGAGCCAUAUGCUGGUUCAGGACACCUUGACAAUCUCCUGCAUCUUGGAAAACUCAAGUGAAUGCAGCCUGGAGCGUGGCUGGACCUUCUGUGUCCAGCUGUUUGCCAACUCCUGUGACUUUGAGGAAACCACUUCAGAUUCUGCCACCACUUAUACCUUCCCUAUUGAUCAGCUUCUUCCAGGGAACAAGACAGAGGUGACCCUUCCAGUCAGCCCUGCCGAAGGCUCCAAACUAAAUCUGCCUUUCACAGUCUCCUGCUCGCUCUACUACAGUUUGCAGGAGAUCUUAGGCACUGUUUCUGAGUCCACUGAGCUUCUGGAUGACCUCUUUUCAGACGAUUCCCCUGGCCUUUCUCUGGACAGACAAGGCAUCUGCCUGCCCUUGAGGGAAGACAUCAUUGAUCUCCUGCAGUGCCUUCGCUUGAAUGACAAGGGAAUGUCUGAAGCUAGCCCACCUGCUGUGGCCAUUUCUGUCCCUGGGGAUCCAGUUGAAACCUUCUUGAAAUCUCUCAAGAGCAUGGAAGAGAAUGAUGAGCCAGUCCCAAAGGGACGGAGUGUCAUUGAUGAAAAUUACUUGGCUCCAACUGUAGCUUCAAUCAAGGUAUCCUCUGAACUGCUGAGAGCGUCCUUGAAGGACUUCUGUGCAGACGUGUCGCUGUGCUGCGCUGUGCUGCGAUGGUUGCUGGCUGAAAAUGGCGAAGCAGAUGCCCUUCGGAGCCAGGAGGUGGCAGUCAUGCAAGGGUUGGCCCCCGAUGGAGGCAAAGUGCAGCUGAACAUCGGAGAGGUGACAGUCAGUGACCUGAGCCCAGCAGGUCCUAUCCAAGCUGUGGAGAUUGUCAUCCAGGGGUCUCCACUGGCAAACAUGUGUCAGCUGCAUCAUGCUGUGGUUCGGCGCAUUCAGACUCUGAUUUUGGAACCAGCUGCCCAGGAGUCUUCUCCCCCGGAUGUCCGAGUGCAGUAUCUCCACCAGAUCCAAGCCAACCAUGAGAUGCUGCUAAAGGAAGCCCGGUCCCUCCGGGAUAACUUGUGUCUGGGGAAUGAUUUGGAUGCAACGGUGGAGAAGCUUCUUCAUAUUUACCAGCAGCUACGCAACCCCAACCUGGUGGUCCUGUGA